UCACGACGCCGAAGUCACCACGACAAAUCCCCCCAUACAAACCGAUGCAAUUGUCCCCAUAGGAGGAAGUGUACAAUGUCCACCCGCCCGACACUCGGCAAGCGCCCCAGCUCGCACGACAGAGACGUGUCUCCGCCGCCCACGAAGCGGAGGCCGCAGGUGCAGUCCGGUACUACGAGCAAAGCGGUAGCGAGUUUCUUCACCCCACUGUCUCAAAAGGAAAAGGGGCCCGAGACCAUGGCCUGGCGGGUUGUGAAUGAUAGUUUGUUGAUUGGAAGGUUUACCUCAAGAGGUGGAACGGGUGCGGUGGGUGUGGCUGCAGGUGGUGCGAAGAGGAGGAAGAUUGCUGCGUUUGACUUUGACUCUACGCUGGUUACGUCAGCAUCUGGAAAGGUCUUCAGUCGGGAUGCAACGGACUGGAAGUGGUGGCAUCCAAGUGUGCCUACGGUGUUGAGGGGCCUACAUGAGAAAGGCUACCUCGUCACCAUCCUCUCCAACCAAGGCGGCAUCACCCUCGCCAACACCAAGUCCUCCAAACCGGCCAAAAAUGACCAGAAACGCCUCCUAGACUUUAAACUCAAAGUCGUCGCCGUCCUUUCUCAGCUCGACCUCCCCUCUAUAUCCAUCUACGCGGCAACCAGCCGGGACCAGUACCGCAAGCCGCGGACGGGAAUGUGGCACGAGAUGCUGGAAGACCACGACCUCGAAGCGCCCGACGCCGUGGAUCUGGAGAACUCGUUCUUCGUGGGAGAUGCGGGGGGAAGGCAGGCGGUGGGGGGUAGAGUGAAGGAUCAUUCUUGUGUGGAUAGAGAUUUCGCCGCUAACCUGGGGAUUGCGUUUCAUACGCCCGAGGAGUACUUUUUGCAGGAAGAAGCGAGACCUUUUGUGAGGGGGUUUGAGCCUGCUGCGUUCUUGGAGAAUGCAGGUGAUGCAGAUUCAGCAAGAAAAGGGUCCCCCAUAACCAAAACCAACCCCCUAGACAUCAUCCUUCUCUGCGGGAGCCCCGGCGCGGGAAAAUCCUCCUUCUACUGGCGGCAUCUCCAAUCUCUAGGCUAUGAGCGCGUAAACCAGGAUACCCUUAAGACCCGCGAGAAGUGCCUCAAAAUCGCUAGAGUGUUCUUGCAAGAGGGCAAGUCUGUGGUCGUCGACAACACAAACGCCGACGCCGAAACACGAGCGCACUGGAUCGCGCUCGCAAAGUCGUUCAAUGUCCCGAUUCGCUGCGUGUUAUUUACCGCCAACCCCGAGCUGUGCCAGCAUAACGAUACCGUGAGGGCGCUGAAUGCGGGUCCGGAUACGAAUCCCGAAUCCCGCACACUCCUGCCCAGGCUCGCCUUCACGGGCUUCGCGUCCCGGUUCCAGGAACCCAAGGUGGAAGAGGGGUUCCAGGAUGUCGUUAAGGUGGGGUUUGAGUUUGAAGGCAGUGACGAGUUGAAGAAGGUGUGGGGGAAAUACUGGGUUUGAUGAGCUCAAGGCGGCGGGCUACCAUACGAGUGCAGAAUUGCGCAGACACAAACGUCAAAGUCCGACGUACUGCUGCGGGCACGCAGUUACUUCGUUCCCAUCUCCUCAUCACCGACAGGUAGCACUUAGCACAGCGAGCAUACGCAGCCCUAACCCAAGGCGGAUGUGUUUCUUAUGCCCCGGUUCGAUGGGCUGGUCGGGUACAGAGUUGGGUGUUAUACAGCCUCCUAUCUAGCUAUCAAUUGCAAGAUAAGACAGAUAAGGCAGACAUGUACAGCAGGAGACGUGUCCCUGUCUUUCAAAGGUCUUUGUAACAUGCAGUGUCAGUAAUCUAAGUUAGUUGCGAGAGC